AGUACAUCAAACAUGUAAAUUAAUAAUGCUGGCCUCAAUAGCUUAAUUUAGAUUAGUUGUGAAACAGGCUUGUUAAAAAUGUUGUCUAUCUUUUAGGCAACAAGGACAAUGGCGGAGGCAACAAGUACAGCUAAUCCACCGAAGAAGCUGGGAAGGUUGUAUUGCAAAGCUGUUUUCACUGGAUACAAGAGGGGACUUAGAAACCAGCAUGAAAAUACUGCACUGUUGAAGAUUGACGGUGUUGGCUCAAAAUCAGAAACUCCAUUCUACUAUGGCAAAAGAUGUGCAUAUGUAUACAAAGCUAAGAGGAAGACAGCAUGCCCUGGACAUGACAAAGCUAGUCGCAUUAGAGUCAUCUGGGGCAAGAUAACCCGAUCACAUGGAAACAGUGGUGCUGUUCGGGCCAAAUUCAGGAAAAAUCUCCCCUCAACAGCAAUGGGAAAAAGAAUCAGAGUUAUGCUGUAUCCAUCACAGAUAUAAGUGUUAGCAGUACAAAAUAAAGUUUAAAAAAAAGAA